ACAUUCAGACCCUUUAACUCGAGUGAAGGGUUUGUACAGCAGGCAAGGGAUAUGGUGCGAAGCGAGUUAGUCUGUUUCAGAUUGCGUCGUUUUAUUGCAUAAAAUCCUUACGUUUGUGAGCAAAGUGGUCUGAAUUUCGCAGCCUAAUGCUCCGACUGGACAUGUGUGUAAUCAUUACGCUUGACGCAUUGACCUAUUACAAUUAGAAACAUUUGUGAAUAUGUUGAAUUAGCUUUGUGUUUACCCAUUUACAAACUAAUUGCUUUCUCGACCCUGGAGCAUCGACGAUUAGAUAACAUGUGAUUGUAUUGUAUCGUCAAUGAUCGAUGUAUAUCUGCUCAGCCCACCUUGAACACACAUGCAGUAUGCAGAGAACUUUGACUUGACGGCGAUGUAAUCUGGUCAAGUGUCGAGGCCAUGUAGACUGAUAGGCCCCUUCUCGUAGCAGACGAUUCCAAACUCUCCUUAAAAACAUCAAUUAAAUUAAUGGCACUCGUAAUGUGAUGGUUUCACCUUUAGCUGAUGAUCUACCAGACAACGCAUUCUGAAAGAUGGAGGCACUGCUCAAGUCCAUAUUCGUACUAACAGUGGCAAUAAUAUUCCUUCGGUAUCUUGGAUGCAACGACCCUGUUUAUAUUGAACCUGUUAAUCCGACUGAUCCGAUCUCUCUACCUUCUGGGAUCCACCGAAGUGUCCUUAUAGUUGGUGGUGGUCUAGCAGGCCUAUCGGCGGCUUUGGAGCUUGCGGAGAGGGGAUAUAAUGUGACUGUAAAGGAGGCUAGCCCAAUGCUUGGAGGACGUCUCAAGUCCACCGAGGCCGAAAUCCUGGGGGAAACUUUUAGAGUAGAUCAUGGCUUCCAUGCAUUGUUUUAUAAUUAUUACACAUUUAAGGACGUACUACACCGUUUGGGUAUCAACGACAACUUCCAGAGAUGGGGGGCAAAUCACUUCCGGUUCAGAACAUAUAAGGAUGAAGUCGUGGAAAGUAAAGGCCCCUAUCCUUUCAACGUAGUAGCUACACUCCUGAAGAGCCCGAAUUUUAAGGUCUCAGAUAUAUUUGGUAUCUUGCGUAUAUCUCUGUUCUUUGCGUACUACAACCAUGACACUGUCUACCAGCGAUACGGAAACAUCACAUUCGAUGAGUGGGCGGAAGCAGAAAGAGCACCAGUGUGGUUUGCGGAUACUGUCCUACGUCCUGCUCUUUCUGUAACCUUCAAUGAGCGAACUGUUCUCAAUGCCGCAGAGAUUCUGAUGUACUCGCACUUUUAUUUCACUGGAGAUGAGAAGGCCGAUCAACGUUUGAUAGCUAAAGUGGAUCAUCGGACUGCUGUAUUUGACCCAUGGGAACAUAGAUUGAAGUCUCUAGGCGUAAAAAUAGAGAAGAAUACUUUUGUCACUGAUCUAAGAUUUAACAACAAGGACUGGCACGUGUCUGGUAUAUCGCCUGGCGCACAUGAGUCGUACGAUCAUGUAAUAUUAGCAACCGACUUGUCGGCCGUAAAAGCGAUCUUCACGAAAACUAUCCUACAUUUUCCUAGAAGUAAGCAAGUGAAUUGCAUCCAGGAGAGGCUCCAGCAACUUCCCCUAGCACCUCCUUAUAAGGUACUUAGGGUUUGGUUCGAUAAACAACUCUCAUCAACUCACCCGCCAAUUCUACAAACGCCCGAAUUUCAUCCUAUCAACUUAGUUGUACAGUAUCAUCUUAUUGAAGAGAAGUCACGUGAGUGGAGUCAGCGGACUGGUGGAUCUAUUAUCGAGUUUCACCUCUAUGAUUGGUCGUAUGGCGACGUGGAGGACAGAAAUGUAUGGACAAAGAUAGCUCCUACGGUUAAAAACAUUUACCCCGAAAUAUUUGUCAAGAAUUUCAAAAUAUUAGGUCAUUUCGUCCAUUCCGGAAAGGAAUUUGCAUCAUUCCCCGCCAGUCUUGAACAUAUCAGACCAACCGUCAAUUUCCCAUCGGAGUGUGGAGUUACGAAUCUGAACUUUGCAGGCGAUUGGUUGCACACACAUUACCCAUCAGCCCUGAUGGAACGAGCCGUAUCAACAGGAAGAAUCGCAGCCAAUCAGGUGCUUCUUUCAGAUCACGUGAGACAGGCACCUACCCUUGUAACCAGUAAUUAUGGUCCGGGAUAUAUAUGAAUGUGCUUGAUUUACAAAAUGUGUGUUAAAGAAUAUGUUUUUUUGUAUAAUAAGUGUGUGAAUGAGAUACAGUAAUCGAUCAAUUAUUUUGAGAUCAUUUACUUCAAAAUGUGUUUACGUAAUAAUAACUUAUUUUGUUAUUAAUUAUAAACCCAAAACCUGACAGACUAGAUGAAUGAGUAAGCCUAUACUUCUAGAUAUAUUGGACAAUGAAAUUCCACCAAAUACAAAUAGUACUAAAGGAAAAGAAUCCUGAAAAGAAGCCAUUUGUAUUCGUUCCCAAUCUCGUGUUCAGUACUUUUCAGUGAUAAUAAUAAUGAAAUGGUCAGGAGUUUAUGGAGGUAUUAUUUGAUGAUUUCGUGCUACUGUGCUUCAUUUAUAAAUUUUAUUUCAGAGACACUUCAAACGCUUUUCAUUAUUGAUGAUACAUUUUUUUAUCUUGGUAUUCAUGGUAUCCAAACAAUUGAUGUUACUCCUAGCAAGGGAUUACAGAAAGUAUCGGACAGGCCUUCCCCUUGGGGCGAGUCCACGAGGUCGAUUAUUUUCCCCACGUUGUGUUUGUCUUGAAACAGUUAUGAUCUGGAGGAUAUGGAAUAAUAGUAUACAAAUAAUGAAUUUUGAUGAGUGCAAUGGAUAGAAUACUUCAUAAGGCGUAGCCAAGUUGAAUGGAUUAUUCAUUUCAUCUUUCACCAAAUAAAAGUAUUAUGUUCAUUGUACGAAUGAAAAGAACAUUCAUUAUUUGUUUUAUAUGACACCUAAAAAUAGAUCCCUGUCAUUUGGAAUUUAUAGAUUUGAAUGCAAAAGUGCAUUCAGUGCGAACGCGGUCUGUUUAUUGUCGCAUACAUACAAACACGCGCACUGUAAACACAAGUGCGUCUGUUUUUACGUGUAUGGUAUGGAUCCAAAAUUGCAAAGAUGAUGACAUCAUUGUAAAAUGGGCUAAAUGAUCGACAUCAAACAACCGAUCAAAGGACAAGGAUCUAUCUAGGUGUCAUACAUUGCAUUUUACUGGAUAUUUUUUUUUGCGAUUUUACAUGAAAUUUUAUUUGGAUCGGGCAUCUGCGUAUCUUGCUUUUUUUAUUAUGCAGUAUUUCUCAAUCAUGGUCUGAAGAAUUUCCGAAUCAACUAUCAAAACACUUAUCGAACAUGUCAUGUUCUAAAGAUUUCCGAAUUUGAUCUUUGUCUGUAAUUUGUAAUAAGCUUGCAAAUGCCCCUUUAAAAAAAAAAAACAUAACCAAGAAAUAAUAUGAAAAACAAGACAAAUUGUUUCAAACCAAAAUGUUUAGUUUUCACAAGGAAUAUACGGUUGAAAAGGGACCCAAGGGCCACUACACUUAUAAAAUGGAAGAGAUGAUUCUCAAGUAUAAAUAAUAUUGACCAGAUUUUAAUACCAAAGCAUCCGCAAAUUAAUCCACGUUGUUACUAUCCGCAACUUCCAGUCUUCAUUUGAGAAUAUGCUUAGUGGAAACUUUCCACGGACCCAAACAAGAUAUCCUAAUGCCAGAAGAUGCGAGAAUAAUCGGCCUCGUGGACCCUCAUCAUUGUGAACCCUCGGGCCCGUAUUCUGAACUCGGGUUCAAAUUAAACCCUGGUUUAAAGUUGUGGUUUAACUAUGGAGAGCCAAUUGGGGCACAAAUCCCCAACAGUAAACAUCCAAUUUAUUAACUCAUAUGACAACCAAAAUGUCUGGGAAUGGUAACUGAAGUAUUUUGAAGUAUUUUUCAUCAUAAAGAAAGCAAAAGGAAACAAAAUAGUAAACAUAAGAAAUAUACAAUAUAAACAGAAUAUUAUAAUUUUGGCUCUCCAUAAUUUUAGCACAGAAUUAGACUGUGGUCUAAGUUAAACCUGACUUCAGAAUACGGGCCUCGGUUUCGUAGGGAAUAAUCGGCCUCGUGGGAAUACAAAUUUUAGCUGUAGCAAAUCGGUUUGCCCUGCUUGUUGUAAGAAGCAGAUCAACAGUUAAUACAAUUGAUCGAAUGAUUGUAAUUUUAUACGCCCCAUUGGCCAUCUUUGUGAAAGGGAAUACACACAAAACACGCGAAAAUAAACCAUACACUUUUUUUUCACUGUUAAAGCAUUUUAUUUGCGUCAUUUAUUUGGUGUAUUAUUAAAAAUAGUAAUAUUGGUUGGUUUUCUAAUUAUUUU